AUGCUGCUGGUACCGAUUACCACCUACUCGGGGAAAGCAUUCAAGACAUUGAUUAUUCUGCCCACGACGCCACUUCAAGACAAGGUGGAAGGAUGCAAGAAGUACGCAGCGUACUACGAGCUUGAACCACCGCCUGUAGAAGAAACACCCGAACUCUGCCAAGGACUUGUUGUGGGCCUCUGGACCAAAUCGAACGAACUAAUCAUGGCGGUGUUGGUUAUGAUCAAUGGGCUCGCCAAAACGCAUGCCCUUUCCCAUGCUCCGCCCCACUGGCUCGGCGAACUUAUCAAUGCAGUGUUCCAAGUGGAAGCGAUCACUGUGUUUGCUCUGGAAGUGCUGGCCAAUCUUUGGUUUGAGGUGCCCGACGAAGUGACGGAGAGAUUGCAAAGCGUGGCGUCGCAAAUGUCUGGCAAUUUCGUUCAUUACUUGAUUGUACAAGUUUUAUCUGCUGACGCUGACUUGGUGCCGCUUGCCCCUAAGAUCAAGCGUCUCAUGGCUGCUGCACUGGCUAACACCCAGGUGACCUAUGAAGCGAUGAUAAUCCGCUACCUGCGCUCAAUGUCGCUGUCUUGUCGUGAUGCUUUGUUGGCGCAGAAGUGA